GCCCCACAGCUCUGUUUCUCCCAGAAAGUAUGCGUGCCAUUUGGGGCGCUCCUCUGAAUGUCCGCGCAGCCGGGUGACCUGCGGGCAUCGAGGCCAAGGGGUCUGCGGAUCGACACUGGGGGACUCUGCUUUGCCCCCCACCAAGCGCCAGAAGAAUUCUUCGAGCCCCCGUUUCUCUUCGUGCUUCAUUUCUGCGCCACUUCGAGAGCCACCCGUCGUGCUGCGGCCGCAUGGAGGAAAUGGAGUUUGGGUCAGAUGCGCACCCUGCUCAGCCCGUGCUGUGAAUCGGCAGCCAGGGCGGGGCGGGCCGGUGUGGGCCUGUGCUGGUGCCAGGCCACGGCGUGACUUUCGCUCCUAGGGCCGUACCUCACCAGCCUCCCGUCAGGAGCCCCAUGGCGUUCCUCUGCGGUGUCAGUCAGGCUUUCCGCAGCGACAGCGAUGAGGGUCCGUACUCAAAGCCCUCCAAUUCCUCCAAGCCGCCGGAUGGAGCGCUGGCCAUCAGGAGACAGAGUAUCCCAGAUGAGUUCAAGGGCUCCACUGUGGUGGAGCUGAUGAAGAAGGAGGGAACCACCCUGGGCCUGACGGUGUCCGGGGGCAUCGACAAGGACGGCAAGCCCCGCGUGUCUAACCUGCGGCAGGGCGGCAUCGCAGCCAGGAGCGACCAGCUGAGCGUGGGCGACUACAUCAAGUCCGUCAAUGGGAUCAACCUGACCAAGUUCCGGCAUGACGAGAUCAUCAGCCUGCUGAAGAACGUGGGGGAGCGCGUGGUCCUGGAGGUGGAGUACGAGCUGCCUCCUGUCUCUGUGCAGGGGUCUGGGGUGAUGUUCAAGACCGUGGAGGUGACGCUGCACAAAGAAGGCAACACGUUUGGAUUCGUCAUACGAGGGGGUUCCCACGAGGACAGGAACAAGUCUCGCCCGGUUGUCAUAACGACCGUCCGGCCCGGCGGCCCGGCUGACAGGGAAGGCACCAUCAAGGCUGGGGACCGGCUACUGAGCAUUGAUGGCAUCAGGCUGCAUGGCACCUCCCACGCCGAGGCCAUGAGCAUCCUGAAGCAGUGCGGGCAGGAGGCCACGCUGCUCAUCGAGUACGACGUGUCCGUCAUGGAUUCUGUGGCCACAGCCUCAGGCCCCCUGCUGGUGGAAGUGGCCAAAUCCCCAGGUUCCAGCCUGGGAGUAGCUCUAUCUACCUCUAUGUACUGUAACAAGCAGGUCAUCGUCAUCGACAAGGUGAAGCCCGCCAGCAUUGCUGACAGGUGUGGGGCGCUGCACGCGGGCGACCACAUCCUGUCGGUUGACGGCACCAGCAUGGAGUACUGCACACUGGCAGAGGCCAACCAGCUACUGGCCAGCGCCUGCGAGCACGUCAAGAUGGAGAUCCUGCCUCAUCACCAGACGCGGCUGGCCCUCAAGGGCCUGGAGCACGUCAAGGUGCAGCGCAGCAACCGGCCGCUUCCCUGGGAAUCCGGCGGCAACAGCAGCAACAGCAGCUUCCUCCCCUACCAACACUAUAACACCUACCAUCCCGACCAUUCCAGGACUCAGGCCUCCAAAUCCCAGAAAUCCGCUCCACACAACCCUCCACUGGGCUCCUCUUUUUCUCCUACCUCCAUGAGCGCGUACAGCCUGAGCUCCCUCAACAUGGGCACCCUUCCCCGCAACAUGUAUCCCACCAGCCCCCGCAGCACCAUGAUGAGGCGCAAGCUCAAGAAGAAGGACUACAAGAGCUCCUUGUCCCUGGCCUCCAGCACGCUGGGUUUGGCCGGGCAGGUGGUCCACACAGAGACAACCGAGGUGAUGCUGCUCAGCGAGUCCAUCAUGGGUUUUGGCAUCCAGCUGCAGGGUGGCGUCUUCGCCACCGAGACCCUGACCUCGCCUCCGCUCAUCGCUUACAUCGACCCCGACAGCCCUGCCGAGAGGAGCGGAGUCCUGCAGAUCGGUGACCGCAUCCUGGCCAUCAACGGCAUCCCCACUGAGGAUAGCACCCUGGAGGAAGCCAACCAGCUGCUGCGAGACUCCAGCAUCACCAGCAAGGUCACCCUGGAGAUAGAGUUCGACGUGGCAGAGUCAGUCAUCCCCAGCAGCGGAACCUUCCAUGUGAAGCUCCCCAAGAAGACUGGAGUGGAGCUUGGAAUCACCAUCAGCUCUCCAUCCAGCCGGAAGCCUGGGGAUGCUCUCAUCAUCUCGGACAUUAAGAAGGGCAGUGUUGCUCACAGGACGGGCACCCUAGAGCUGGGCGACAAGCUGCUGGCGAUUGACAACAUCCGACUGGACAACUGCUCCAUGGAGGACGCCGUGCAGAUCCUGCAGCAGUGCGAGGAACUGGUGAAGCUCAAGAUCCGCAAGGACGAGGACAACUCGGACGAGCAGGAAAGCUCUGGUGCCAUCAUCUACACGGUGGAGCUGAAACGGUACGGAGGCCCGCUGGGCAUCACCAUCUCGGGCACCGAGGAGCCCUUCGACCCCAUCAUCAUCUCCAGCCUGACCAAAGGCGGCUUGGCAGAGAGGACUGGUGCCAUCCACAUUGGCGACCGCAUUCUGGCCAUCAAUAGCAACAGCCUGAAGGGGAAGCCGCUGAGUGAGGCCAUCCACCUGCUACAGAUGGCAGGGGAGUCAGUCAUGCUCAAAAUCAAGAAGCAGGGCGAGGUGACAAGCCCGAAAAAGUCGCCAGUGUCGGGCCACCUGAGCGAGCUCAGCGACAUGGAGGACGAGACGCAGGUGCUGCAGAAGCCUGGCAAGCUGUCGGACAUCUACUCCACCACCAUCCCCAGCGUGGACAGUGCCGUGGAGUCCUGGGACGGCUCAGCCAUCGACACGGCGCUCAGUAGCCAGGGCCCGGCGUACCAGGCCGCUGGAUACAGCUUCCACGGCCAGGAGUGGAGGAACGCCAAGGCGCGGGGCAGCCUGUCCCCCCUCGGCUCACGCCAGAGGAACAACAUCUUUCAGGACCUGGGGCUGAGUGACGAUGAGUGGGACCGGCCCACAGCCAGCGGGGCUGCCACGCUCCCCACAGGCUUCAUCACCGACAGCAGGUUCACUGUGGGCCAUGACGGCACUGAGCCUGAUCAGGAGGAGAACUUUUGGUCCCAGGCCCUGGAGGACUUGGAGACGUGUGGCCAGUCCGGGAUCCUGCGGGAGCUGGAGGACAAGCCAGACAGGCCUCUGAAUAAGAAAAACUUGGCCAUGCUGGCCACCAUCAUGUCGGGCAGCACCCUGAGCCUGAACCACGACCCGGCGUCCUUGCACCGCCAGCUGGGCCGGCAGGCCAGCUUCCAGGAGCGCAGCACCAGCCGACCCCAGUAUACGCAGGCCUGCCGCAGCAACACGCUGCCCAGCGACUCGGCCCGCAAGGCCUUUGCCUCGCGCAGGAUGAAGCAGGAGAUCGAGGACAUCAUGUCGCCCACGCCGGUGGAGCUGCACAAGGUGACGCUCUACAAAGAGUCGGACACAGAAGAUUUCGGUUUCAGUGUGUCGGACGCGCUCCUGGAGAAGGGCGUCUAUGUGAACACUGUACGGCCUGGUGGACCGGGAGAGCUGGGCGGGCUGAAGCCCUAUGACAGGCUACUUCAGAUUAACCAUAUCCGCACCAGAGAUUUUGACUGCUGUCUGGUGGUUCCUCUGAUUUCCGAGUCAAGGAACAACCUGGACCUGGUGAUCAGCAGGAAUCCACUGGCUUCCCAGUCCUCUGGAAACUCUGCCCAGGUGCCUGCAGAGGCACCAGUGACCUGGAGCGAGCCGGGAAACGGGCUCCAGCAGCAGAGCCCCAGGCUCACAAGAGUGGAGGCCAGAGACCCAACCAAGACCUUAUAGCAGUGGAGGAUGGAGCCGACGAACUGUUUGGAUUGUUCUCCAUGGUGCUAAAAAACCACACGACCAAUGUUCCUCUGGGAAGUAGGGCCGUUCCAUCAAAGCACACUUCCUUCCCUCCAGAUAUGAGACCGUGUCACAGUGACAAGUCUGCUGAAGCCACUGCUUCACUACUAGUUGCCUGAAGUAGAUGUGUGUUUCAGUCCCAAAAUGAUAGCCUUGGAUGACUACUUACUAGUUGGGGUGAAAAAUGGGGUGGGGGUGGGGGGGGGGGAGCAAAACUGUGCCAUCCUUCAUUUCUAGACACAACUGGAGAGUGAUGCUUCAAAAAUCAUGUAAGACCAUUAGGGGCAACUUCCGGGGACUGGACAAGUUUGGAUGAUGCCAAGGCCAUUGAAAAUCCUUCUCCCCAGCAAGGUGUCCAUUCUUGUCUGGCUCAAAUGAGCAAAAAACACAGACUGCCCCAUGCAGCACAUAGUAGUAGUCUGUCGCCAAUACUUAUUUUUAUAUUGUAACCACCCCCUAUCCCCCUCCCCCCGCAAAAAAAAAAAAAUACUGUAAAUACUCACAUGUCCUCAAGUGGUUUCAGUGUCUGAAUCUUUCUCCAAGAAGGACUACAUGGGGGAAAACUGGAACAUCUGCAUUAGUUAGUGUUCUUCAAAAAGAGCCAGACUGGCCCAAUGUUUUGGGAAAUCAAGAGCAGUUUCAUUUCUGGGUUUCAGCAGAAUGCAUGAGGCCACUUAACACUAUUUCCCGUUUGAAUAGGUGAACUAAUCAGGGAUGGAACAAUACCUUGGUAAAUCUAUGCAGGAUUUCCAGGUACCGAAUGACCCUAAUCACAUGAGCUCUCCAGACACUGCUGUGUGUCUGUCUUGCAGAGCCUUAGGGCUUUCCUGGAUGUGGCUCUCUUCACAAAAUUCUGAUAUAGGAAAAUAUUAGGCAGUGAUGAUAAAGCACCUUAUCCUAAAUUUGAACAUAGAUCUAUUUUUAUGAAUAGAUGCAUAUUAAUGCAGAAAGAACAUUUAUGCGACAGAGCAAUCUGGAGAGCUUGUGUGAGUUGCUGUAUCACUACCAAGUGAGACGGUUAGAUAUGCGUGUGACUGACCCCCCCUUUCCCCAAAACCAGAACUUCCAGACCUUAGCUUUGCAUGCGUGCAAUAAGGGCAUUUCGGGGGCAGAUACUGCACCUCUGGUGAGCGUCCACAUGCCUCACGGUAGACGUGUAACUCACCUCGUACGGCUCGUUUCCCCUUCCUGUCAGUUGAGUAGAUUAUCCUUUACCUAAGGACAGCUGGAGACAGCGAACUGCUGCUUGCUGUUCACACCAAAAAAAAUGCCAGUGUUAAGAAAGCCCUGGAUAUCAUAUGCAAACCUAUCCAACCUUCACUGCUAUCCAGGGGGCUAAAUGCCCGCGAGGAGCUGGAAGCACAUAUAAAACGCUGAAAGGCAUCAGCAGUGACCAGGGAUGGCAUGUUCUGGUCAAUGGGCACCCAAAGUCACACUGGUGUCCCCCCUUGUACAAAGAUGGCUGCGUUGCUCCCCUGGAGGCUAGAGAAAGCCUUUUAAUCUGUAUACAUGUUAGUUGUCUGACAAUUGUUUGUAAUUUGUUGUGACCCCAAUUUACUUUCCAGACAUGAAAUAAAAAAACAAGGGGAAAAAAAAUUUAAUGAAUCCACUCUUCAAGUUAAAAAAAAAAAAAAAAAGAGCAUGAUUUAAAAAAAACAA